AUGGCCACAUCUGAGCGUGAGAGCCCAGGCCUAGCUGCUGACGCUUGUUUAUUUGGUAACACAGAGGGGCCACAAAGCUCCGGAGCCGUGGCUGACAGUCCCCGAACGCGGCCGUCCGGCGUCAACUGCGAGCCGACGGCAUGCACCACUGACCACCCGACGCAGAACUGCAGCAGCGUUGACAACGCCCCCCAGACGUCCACAAACGGCUGCGUUUCCCAGGAACGGCCGUCCGUCGGUGGCGUUGAGCCAAACGCUGGUGGCCCCCAGUCUUUCAUCGACCAGGACGCCACGUCUAGUCCGCAGGGUGCCGAUGAGCCGCGUGUGUCCGUGCGAGGGAUGAAAUCAUCUCGGCUCAUCGUGGACACCGACCUCCUCAUCAGCGAGGUGAAGAAGCGUCCGGCCGUGUAUGACCAGCAGGAGGAUGACUACAGCGACCGCACCAAGAAGCAGCAAUGCUGGGAGGAGAUUUGCGGGGUCCUUGUGCCAGGCUGGGAGGAGUGCACGCAGCUGGAGAAGUGCCGCAAGGCCAAAGAGAUCCAAACCCGCUGGAGGUCCCUGAAAGAUUGCUUCCGGAGGGAACAGCACCUACAGAAGAAGGAAGCCCGGGGGGGGUCCUCGCCCGCCAAAAGGAAGCGCUACAUGUUCUACGAUCAGCUGACCUUCCUGGAGCCCAUGCUGAUGAGACGCUCUACUUCCGGAAAAGCUUCAGACACACAAGAGAGCCCCAAGUCAGAAGGCAGCGACUCUGAGCCACCCCAGAGCCCUCUCCCAGAACGCAUUCCGCAAGUGUCCGAAACGCCGCGACCCAAGAAGACCAAGGGGGGGGCCAAGGGCUUGGGGGACUUUGAAAGCCAAAUCAUAGACAUGGUUGACUGUCUUAAGAAAAGAAGAGACAACGAGACGGACGAAGAUUACAAUUUUGUGCAGUCUCUGGUCCCGUACUUGAAGAAAGUGCCGGAACAGAAGAAGAUUGACCUGCAGAUAGACAUGUUACGGCUGGUGAAGAGAUACGUACAGCCGGCGGCACACUCGACGCGUGACGGAAUAGAGCGCGGUCACCACGAUUGAUCUGAAUAAUG